ACCCAGCAGGAUAUCGAUCCCCAUCCCAUUUGGUCGCCGUAAUGGCUUCUAUUAUUAUCCCUAUUAUUAUCAUUAUAAGUUCUUUAUCAUCGUAGACCAGCCCAACCAACUGGCGACCAGAUCCGGCAAGGCCAGAGAUCGGACGUGCUAGACCGAAUCGGGGAAUCGACGACACGAGCCGUGAGAAGCUCCAAGGAUGGUUCAAGGCCGCAGGCAGUGUUCGCUCUGAGAAGAACCAAGAGCGACAGAGAGCAUCGUGAUCGCCCAUCAUGUCGACGGAGAAGCGUCGUCGGUCCUCUGGCGCUAUGUACGACCCAGCUCGGGACACCUACACCGUGUCGGACGAGCAGGACCGGGACUACUCGGCGGAGCACGCCCACCGGCCAGGCCGACGUGACGCCCCAGACGAAGCGCGACUCAUUGCCCCAGAAAUAAUAUCGCAGAAGGAGGACCGUGUCACCGUCACCAGUGAUAGAGACGAUCGGGAUACCGUGCUGGACUCUCGGACAGCCAUUGCUCCCCACUCAGUACCUCAGGAAGCUGUCGAAGGCCUCACGGAGUCAGGGAGCUCGACUAUUCCUCCACCUACCAUCUCGCCGGAGCCUGUCGCGGAGCAAAACAGCAUCCAGCGACGGUCGCCCUCACUCUCGACGACGAAAUCUAAAAAACAAGACCAACCGGCCGCGAAACAGACAAUGGAAAAAUCUAGUCUCAGCCCCGGGGUAGCUCAGGAUUUUUCUCAGAAAGAAGCGGCCGAGAAAUCGGCGGCUGCUACGAAGUCCCCAACCGAACGUACAUCGGGAGAAAAUGGCCAUCAGCAGGACGGAUCUCCCAAUAACAAGAAGAGGAAAGUGACAGAGGAUGAUGCGACCGCUGAAAAACCAGCAUCGUCGUCGGAGCGACCGCUAUCAAAGCGUAAGCGCCAGGAAGAGAGACACCAGAAGCUGAGAAGACGCGGUCGGACUCCACCUUCAGUCUACUCCAGACGUGACCGUAGCCCAGCACGAGGCACUCCUGCCGACCAGAACCUCACGGAGACUCCUAGAUCCCCGUCCCCAGUACCGCGUCGGUCACCCACGCCGGAAGCGCAAGCGCGUCAGAGGAAAAGACCAGGUGGUGGUGCUCGCAUGGGCAUUGUGAAUCGAGAGGUUCUAAGGCGCAGGCAAGAGGAGAGAGAGCGAGCUCAAGAGGAGGAAGCUCAAAGGGCAUUACGAGACCGCGGUGUGUCGGAUGUGGUCCGACAACACUACAAUGCCGUCCCUGAACGAGGCAGAGAAUGGAGGAAGACGGACAGCAAGAUCAAGGGUCUGCGAAGCUUCAACAAUUGGAUCAAAAGUACAAUUAUCCAGAAAUUCUCUCCAGAUGAAGAAUUUCUGUCACGGGUAACCGGAACCAAGGAUUGGGCCGAGGAUACUGCUCCCCCUCCAGCGGAAGAGAAGAGACUCUUAGUUGUCGAUCUGGGCUGUGGUAAAGGAGGUGAUCUGGGGAAGUGGCAGCUGGCUCCUCAACCUGUCGAUCUUUACGUUGGCUUGGACCCCGCUGAGAUUUCCAUCCAGCAAGCUCGUGACCGGUACGAAGGCAUGAGAAGCGGCCGAGGACAGCGCGGCCGGAGGAAUGCUGGGCCUAUAUUCCACGCUGAAUUUUAUCCCAAGGAUUGCUUUGGGGAGUGGUUGGGUGAUUUGCGGAUUAUCCAACAGGUCGGUAUCGAUCCCAACGUCGGACCCGGGGGUUCCAUCAUGAGCUCACGUUGGGGCGGCGGCGGUUUUGAUGUAGUUGCUUCCAUGUUCACGAUGCACUACGCUUUCGAGAGCGAGGAGAAGGCGCGGCAGAUGCUUCGAAAUGUGGCCGGCGCUCUCAAGAAAGGAGGACGGUUUCUAGGUGUCGGUCCAAACUCCGAUGUCAUCAGCGCCAGGGUGGCCGAAUUCCACAAGAAACAGAAAGAGCAUGAAGCGGCCAAGAAGGAAAGCACUGAAGCUCCUGAAGACGGUGAAGUCGAGGACUUCCCACAGUAUCCCGAGUGGGGAAAUAGCAUCUAUCGCGUGAAGUUCCCCGGGCCAACUCCUGAAGACGGUGUCUUCCGGCCCCCGUUUGGAUGGAAGUACAGCUAUUUCAUGGAAGAGGCCGUGGAGGAAAUCCCCGAAUAUGUUGUGCCGUGGGAAGCAUUCCGAGCACUCACCGAGGAAUAUAAUCUGGAGCUACAAUACCGUCGACCAUUUUUGGAUAUCUGGAAAGAAGAAAAGGAUGAUCCUGAGUUGGGCCCUCUGAGCGAGCGGAUGGGAGUCCGUGGCCGAGGAGGCGGGCCUUUACUUGUUUCUGACGAAGAACUUGAGGCAGCUAGUAAGUGAUUGCAGGAGGAUCAUUGCAAUCAGAACUAACAUUCAAUAGGUUUCUAUCAUGCUUUUUGCUUCUACAAAGUCUAGGUUCUCACUGCAACAGUGUACGUUGCUUUGUCCCCCUAUUGCCGGACACCCAGUCAUGGCUCUGAUGUUGUAUCUGCAAUUCGAUUGUAUUAUGGUGCCGGGUCUCUGCUGAGAUCUACGUUUUACAGUGCAUCUGGAGCGGUUGUACCAUACAGGGUGAAAGGUGGCCUUCUCUUUAUGGAACUGGUUGUAUUAUAGUAAUGCGUGACUGGGAUGCAUGGUCUCGUCCCAUAUUCAAAAAGUUAAUCAUCCCAUCC